AUGGCCGCCUUCUCCCCCGCCGCCCGCGCUCACGUCCUCCCUGUCCACCUGCAUUUAGGGGGCAGGACCACAAGGCUGGGUGCUUUGGACUGGCCUCGAGGCCCGGGAGGAUCAGCGAGGCUGGAGGAGCGCCCCCUGGAGGCGGAGGAGGCACAGGCCCGCUCUCUCCUUGCCCGCCUGCAGUCCCGACACUCUUCUGUCCGGGGCUGGCGCCAGCGCCUCCCACGGCGGGAGUCCCUUCACAGCCUCUGCGGCCCCCUGCGUUCCCAGCUGGGCUUUCAAGAGUCUGACUCAGCCCAGCCUGCAUCGCUUCACCUCCUACAACACACCCAGAGCGAGCAGAGAAAUUAAAGGAUUGCAGGGACACAGCUAACCAGGUCUAAUUACCUACCGCCGCUGUCAUCCGUGGCGCUCGGGGGCGCUGGGCCAACGCGCGCAGAUCUGUGCUAUUGCUACACCUUUGUGGUCUUUAUGCUGUUUCUUGGCAAGUGA